UGUGUGAGUGAGAGAGGGCGAAAGCUUUAAAGGCGGAUAGCCAAAAUAAAUUUAAAAUAAACGUUUCACUUCAUUUUUAAUCUUCAAUGUCUCAAAGUUAACAACAAAUGCGAAUUGUUUAUAAAACGUAAUACAAGUAAGCUUUUACCAAGCCGGCCGGCUAAAGUCGCACACACGAAUGCCAAUACAGCUGGAAAAUAGAAAAAUCGAAGUGCGGUAAAUGUCAAGGACGACGGAAAAGCCACAACAAAGGGGAAAACUACGAAGUGAGAUAGAGAGAGAGCAACAACUGAGAAAGUUGUAAAGUAAAACAAGAAUUUUAAAAAUAUUUGUGGAAUAACUUAGCAAAAGACCGUAAACAUGUCGAAUCCGGCACACGGAAGACCGCCAAACAACUCCGGCUCCUCGUCCUUGUCCGCCUCGUCCUCCUCCUCUUCUGCCGCCCCCUCGCCGAUUUCGGUGACCGUGCAGCCUGGAAACUCUGGAAACAGCUCCUCCCCCUCCUCCUCGUUGGGCGGUGGAAUCCUAAAGGACAAGGUGGGAAUGCCGCCGGUUUACCUCAAUCUCAAUGAUAAUGCCAAGGAUCAGACAACACCGUCCUGUUCACCGCUGCAAAACUGGGACGACACCCGCACCGCCGACGUCUGGCUGUCCUCGCUGCACAGCGUCAUCUUCAUCAUCACCUGCGCCCUGGCCGCCUUCAUCCUGUUCCGCAACGUGCUCACCUGGCAUCUGCAGAGCUUCUGGGGCGCCUCCGGGGACUUCUGGCAGUCGCAGUGGGACAAGUUCAUCGACUCGUUCGGCGAUGAACCCAUGGUGCUGUGGGUCUUUGGGACCACUAUUUUCACGAUGAUCGUCUACUGGACCGUGGGCACACUGUACACAUUCAUGGACCUGACCAACCGGCCCGCCUGUCUGCGCAAGUACAAGAUUCAGCCGGGAACCAACGAACCGGUGGAAGUGCGUCGCCUGCUGAAGGUGAUUUGGUGCGUGGUCUGCAACCAGAUCUUCGUGGGAAUACCGCUGGCCUACGCCAGCUACCGGCUGAUGGAGAUCCGCGGACUGAGCGACAUCCGCGACCUGCCCACGUUCCACUGGGUCUGCUUCGAGCUGACCGUGUGCAUCCUGAUGGAGGAGCUGGGCUUCUACUACUCGCACCGCCUGCUGCACCACAAGCACAUCUACAAGUACAUCCACAAGCAGCACCACGAGUGGACGGCCCCCAUUUCGGUGACGGCCAUCUACUGUCAUCCCAUCGAGCACAUCUUCAGCAACCUCCUGCCGCCCUUCCUCGGCGUCUUUCUCAUGGGCAGCCAUGUGGCCACCGCGUGGCUCUGGUUCGCCCUGGCCAUCCUCUCCACGCUCAACGCCCACUCCGGCUACCAUCUGCCGUUCUUUCCCAGUCCCGAGGCACACGACUUUCACCACCUCAAAUUCAACAACUGUUUCGGCGUGCUGGGCGUCCUGGAUCGCCUCCAUGGCACCGACUCCCUGUUCAGGGCCACCAAGUCGUAUGCGCGCCACAUCAUGAUGCUGAGCUUCAAGCCGCCUCGCGAUGCUUUCCCCGAUCCGACGAUGAAGUGAGCAGACCGACAGACGGUGUUUCUUGUGCACUGCAAACGGGCACUUCACCAUCUGUGUAUACAAAUUUUAAUUGUGAUAUGACAAGGCAGAUCCUAUUUUGUACACCUCAUAUGUAGUCGUUGUGCAGACCCCUAGAAUCCCGCACACGCGAGCACCGCUCCCCCAGAGCGAAUCCCCCACAAAUGUUAAUCGAGUCGAAUAAAGCGUAAAUGUAAAUGUA